AUGGGAAUUCCUCAGUAUGAAGGGGUCACAGACCAGGCCCCCAAACCGACAACAAACACCACAGAACAGGUUGUUGCACGCUUCGGCCGUCUUCAUCUCUUAGAUGACUUGAUUCGCCUGCGAGCAGCUGAUUAUAUUCAACAUCCCAUCUUGGCUUAUCCCAAGCCCUCUCAAAACGGAUCUGUGUCCUAUGAGUACUUCAACGGUCAGGAUCUUGACUGCAUGAUCGACUAUGCGGUCUGCACAUUAAUGGACUAUGGUUUCAAGCCGGCCCGAAAAGAAGGAGCAACAGUUGCUCUCUUCACCUUAUCAGAUCUCAACAUGGUGAUCACAUUCUUUGCCCUUAGCAGACUCGGAUAUACGGUCAUGAUGUUAUCACCACGCCUAUCGGCCACAGCGUGUGUGUCCUUAUUAGACACGGUCGGUUGUAACACAAUACUCUAUGGCCAAACGCCGAAUAUACGCGCCACAAUGGGUGAAGUCCUUCGUCUAAAGUUAAUUGCGUGUCGCCCAAUCAUCGAAAGACCUUCUCCAGAGGACCUAUCAGAAGACUCUGAUGCUGUUGUGAUAUGUCGGAGUCGUCGUCCUGAACUCCAAGUCGAAAAGAUUGCCCUGAUUCUGCACUCUUCAGGGUCAACAGGUACCCCCAAGCCUCUCUUCUUAAGCCACAAAGCCUUGAUGACGCAUCCAAUGCGGGGUCCUGGGUUCACUUCUUUCAAUUCAUUGCCAUGGUAUCAUCUUCACGGGCUAUCUACAGCCCUGCAAGCCAUGUAUAUGCGACGAACAGCAUACAUGUGGGAUGCCUCUCUGCCAUUGACCGCAAGUACGGCCGUUGCUGCGCUGGAAGCAGCACAACCCGAAUCGGUCCAGGGCGUACCAUACUUACUCCAACUCCUUGUCGACAGCCCACGCGGGUUAAAAGCGCUGAGAGCUUGCAAGUCUGUCACAUAUGGUGGUGCACCAUGCCCUGACGAGCUGGGUGAUAGACUUGUAGACGAGGGUGUUAGAUUCGGUGGUUCAUUCGGGCUAACGGAAGCCGGCCUGGUCGCCGAGUCGAUCUCUCGGCCAGCAGGAGAUCCCUUCUGGAACUAUAUGCGCUUCUUCGACAACAUCAAGCCAUUCAUCUGGAUGAAACCCAUCAGUGACGCGCUCUAUGAAGUCGUCUACCUCAAAGGCCACCCUGCAUUAACGGCCUCAAAUUCCAAUGAGCCCCCUGGCUCAUACCACUCUCGCGACGUCUUCACUCCCCACCCAACUCUUGCCGACCGAUGGAAGUACGUGUCGCGUCUGGAUGACCGAAUCACGCUUGUCAAUGGUGAGAAGGUCCUUCCUCUCCCAAUCGAGGGCUGCAUCAAGCAGAGCCCUCUGGUUCAGGAAGCAGUUGUUGUCGGUGUCAACAAAGCCGUUCCUGGCUUGCUAGUUUUCCGUACAGAAAACUCCCAGAUGUUCUCUGAUGAAGAGUAUUUGGAUCUUCUUUGGCCAACAGUGGAAGAUGCCAAUUCGCGGGCAGAGCAAUUUUCUCAAAUAUCCCGCGACAUGAUCCUUGUCUUGCCUAUUGACUGCGCCUGUCCUCGUACAGACAAGGGAUCAAUGAUCAGAGCCCAGGUAUAUGCCAAGUAUGAAGAAACCAUCGAGAACAUGUACACGAAACUCGAACAAACAGCCGACGGAACUCUCAAGCUGGACUUGACCGCAACGGAGGACCAUCUGAUCAAGCUCUGUCACGAAGAGCUUGGAUUCCCCAUCUCUACUCCUAAAUCCGACUUUUUCGCCGAGGGCUUAGACAGCCUGAAGGCAAUCCAUCUCCGUCGCCUAAUAUUGAGGGACUUCAAAGUAGAGGACCCCAAGGACAUCGGCCACAAUGUCGCUUUUGAAACUGGGAGUAUUGUCCGCUUAGCAGAGCAUAUCCACCUGGUUCAGUCCGGUCAGCAAGAUGUGGCUGAGGAUGAGGUCUCCAUGAUGCCAGGACUCAUUGAAAAAUACUCCGUCUUCCAGAGGCACACACCAAACCCCAGCUCCGCGGCAACGCAAAAGAGUGUUGUCCUCACUGGAGCAACUGGUUCUAUCGGCGCUCACACUCUCUACAAGCUUCUGAACGACGACACAGUGUCUGCCGUGUACUGCCUGACACGGAGAUCUCAGCCCAAAAAGGCUGUCAUUGACACCCUCGCACAGAAAGGUCUCUCAGUCCUUCCUUAUCGACUGCAGAAGAUUGUCGCUCUCAACAGCUCUCUUGAAAAGCCUGAUCUGGGAGUCGGUGAGAAAAUUAUGGCGGAGAUGCGACAAUCCGUGUCUCUCAUCAUCCACACCGCAUGGCCCGUCAACUUCAACCUUCCCCUCAUGAGCUUUGAGCCUCACAUCAAAGGACUCCAAAAUCUCAUCAACCUCUCUCUAUCCGUGAACCUCCCUGAGCCAGCAGUUCUCCUCUUCUGCUCCUCCAUCUCAACAGCCCUCGGCGCCUCGUCCGACGUAGACGAGACUCCCAUCGAAGAUCUUGCGAGCGCUCUUGAGAUGGGAUACGGACGCUCAAAACUGAUUGGAGAGAAGAUCGUCAGCAAUGCUCGCAGAACUGGUGCACGCACAUACUCCCUUCGGAUCGGACAAGUGUCCGGUCACUCAAAGAAGGGAUUAUGGAACGACUCAGAGGCCAUCCCUCUGAUGAUACGUUCAGCUCUGACCCUGAAAGCUUUGCCUGACCUCGACAUCACAUGCUCCUGGCUACCCGUCGACAAGCUUGCCUGCUCCAUGCUUGAACUGGCCCGUGCAUGCUCCUUCAACUCCCUCGAGGAGCGCUGGGACAACACAGCAUCCGGCGAGUGGGUAGACGACACCAUCUACAACCUUUGCAACUCGCGUGUCUUCACAUGGUCAUCUUUGCUCGAUACACUCAAACGCAGCGGAUUCUCAUUCGAGACCGUCCCGUUUGAGAACUGGCUGCAGAUGCUUCGCGAAAGUGAAGCUCGAGGAGAGGAGAUGGUCAACCCUGCUGUGAAAUUGACGGCUCAUUACGAGUCAAUGUACAAUGAGGAUGCCCCGAAGCCGGUCAGGUUCCUCACUGAGAAAGCAGAGAGAGAUAGUAUGACUCUGAGGAAUGGCCGGUUGAGGAUUGUACAGGAUGGUAUCCUCACUCGGUAUGCGCAGGAUUGGUUGAAGCGAUGGAAGUCAGCUUAG